UGCUGGACCCCAAAAUGUUUCGCACUGCCUAGAGUAGUAGGCUGGCAGGGGAGGGCAUUCACCGUGGGCACUCCAUGUCCAUCUCUCACUUGCAUAAAUAGCGCCUCCAACUCGCCAUUGAAAGGCCCUUUGGCAGACAUCGACAACCGAAAACAGCAGACACCCACACACACAACUCACACUUAUCAAACGACUCCGAGUUUCCAUCUGAAGGAAGAUGUCUCUGAUAAUGCCAUUAGCAAGGAGUGCAACCUUUGUGCCAAUGAUAGUAGCCACUGGAGUAGGCAUCGGUGGCGGGAUUGCAUUUGGCAUACAUUACCUGAUGAACAGCCCGGAAGUAGUUUUGCGCAAGCGUGCGAAUCCCCAUCCUUGGAACAACGUCGCUCAAAACACCAACACCAAGUUGUUCUCGUUCAAUCCGGAGUUCUGGGAGGGCAGAUCCAACGCCCCUGACCCGAGAUUCAGCUUCAUGGAAAUGCACCCUGAAGCCUCCCAAGCUUCGCACGAGAAGAAAAUCUUCGAGAAAGCGAAACACUUAUAAUGAGCUUCUGUAUCGGACUCUCUUAUAAGCCGAACACGAACUCCGAGAGAUAUGUAAACUCUUUCCUCGCACCGAAAUCACUCAUCCAAAACAUUCUCGAACAAAAAACAAAAAAAGAUGAAGACGAAUCUUCUGGCAUAUCUUUGAUCCAAAAACGCUCCGAUGCCUCAUGAACGGCUUCUAAAAAAUUACCUUAUCUUUUGUAUAACAGUAAAACCAAGAAGAAAAAAAAAGAAGAAGGAAUAUGUAGGUAGAUGAAUGGGUAUGACGAUGUUGUAUAUGUAGUGUGAUUAUGAUAACUCCGCUUGUGACUUGAUGAUCACAGAUUUACGAAUCCAUUUUUUAUUCUUUUUAUUUAUUCUAAGAAGAUGUAACAUUGGAUGACUUCCCGUCGCAAUCUACGACCCUCCCAGAAGUUGUUUUACACCCCCUAGAUCUAAAUUUUUUAUCAAAAAAAAUAUUUUUUCUGAAACCUCCCGGCAAUAGCUCUC